GAGAGGUCGUCGUAGUUCUUCAGUCAACCUCGUUGAUCAGGUGCUUCUUAUUGCAAGAUACGAAUUUCACGAGAAUUAUUUAGCACGAAUACGCUAAAUAGCAAUCGUAAUAAUAAGGAAACAAGGAAGCAUCAAAAUGAGUUUGAAUCCGACUACGAAACAGAGAAUAGUCAUUGUUAUGGAUGUGAGCAAAUUUGUGUUUCAAUGGGGUUUUAUUCCCGCCGUCCUCUUCUUAGGAUUCAGGAAAGGUGCAGACCCAGGCAUGCCUGAAUUAAGUGUUAUGAACUUAUUGUGGCAGUAAAUUAUUUCCUGAUUUUUUAUUAACAAAAUUAUGUGUAUUGUGGAUGUUACAUAAAUACAAUUAUUAGAUUA